CGCUAGCCUCGUACGCGAAUCCGCUUCAGAUAUCGAUAGUUCAUCAUCAUCGACAGCAUCUCUACUUCCAUCACAACAACCUACACUCAACUCAGACGGAAUAGAACGUCGACCACCUGUCAAAUCUAAUUCCAUUACUACACUCCGAAAUGCUAUCACAGAAAUUCGACGUCUGCGCGCCUGCGCAGGACUUCAACAGAUACAUCAAGCAGCACUACUAACCACAUCCAAUAACAUUAUCACUAGUCCGCAUAUGACGACUACAAGUGCGCCUUUAUCCUCACGUCGCUCUUCCUCUCGCUCUACUUCACCUUCACUUUCUGACCUUACUUCACUAGCAACGUUGGCAGAGUUGGCAGCCUCUCAACAUGUCAGCGGGUCUGACAGCAACCCAGGUUCUUGCAACUCUUCACCCAUGUCUUCACCCAAAUCAAGUUCACGACGUGCUCUAUCGCCAACAGAAGCUAAUGCACAUCCUCAUCUUCACAUCGUUGGAGAUGGAGGUGGGUUCGUAUUCGGAGGUACAAACGGUAGUGGCAAUAAUAGUGGUAGUGGUAGUGGUAAUGGUCGUGGUCGUGGUAGCAGCAAUCUAUUAGAGCCAUUAUCAACUCAGCUUUAUUCACCACCCUUAUCACCAUCAAGUCCUACCGCGUCAUCAAGCUCAACUUUUCAAAACCAUUUUUCAGCCAUCCUUCCAGCUGUCUCCAAUACACCACCUAACAUUUGUGGUGAUGGUUCACACCAAGCGCCGCCAACGCUUCCACCCAUCCAUACAAUGGUACAACCAGCAUCAUUCCAUCCAUAUCAGCAACAGCAGCAACAGCAGCAACAGCAGCAAUCAUAUACAUCAAUGUUUUGUACACCAUCAUCAUCUGUCCUUUCUUCCUCUCAAAACAACCCAGAUGCCAUGUCACCUACAUCCAUUUUCUCGGAAUCGUCUAUCGCGCGCUCACCACCUACUCCAUCGAUAUACAACCCAAUCUCAUCAUUUCCUCCAUUAUGAGUGAAACAAAUGACAAAAGAAAAAUGGAAAGAAUGAAGGAUGAUGAGAACAUUAGGAUAUUAGAACCUUUCUUUGUAUAGACAAAUAUACC